AUGUCAAUUUCUCCUUCUUUCACUUGGUAUUUCUCUUUAGAUAUCUACCCUUUUUUUUUUCUUUCUUCAUUCAUUUACCUUGACCAAACAAGUUUUGGUUUUUUUUUUUUUUUACUCUUUCUUUCAUAUCUUUUUGCUUUAUUUUUGUUGUUAUUUGCAUGCUCAUUUUUCUUCCGGUCCUAUUUCUAUAUACGUUUUGUUUUUAAUUCUUUUUACCUCCCCAUUCUCUCUUUCGCUUCUCUCUCUCUCUCUCUCUCUCUCUCCAUCUUUCUCCCCCACUCUAUCCUUCUCUUCCUAAGUUUUCCCCAUAUAUGCCUUCUAUCAUUCUCCACCUUUUUGUUUUCUUGUAUUUCCAGUUCUUUCUCACUCUACGCACCUUAUCUUUCUUCCCUCACUCAUAAUCCAAUUUUUCUUUUUCAUGCCGUCUUUUUUUCAUCUUUUCUACACCCUUUCUUUCUCCAAUGUCUCGUUUCCCUCUUAUAUUCUAUUUCUGUUUCUCUCUCCCUCUUUCCUUCAACUCUCUCUCUCUCUCUCUCUUCCUUUACAUAUUUUUCUAUCUCCUCAAACCAAAUCCGAUUUUCAAAGUAUCUUGAAAGGAUGAAUUCUAUGAAGAUUAAAUCAGUCUUCUUCGUCUUUUUCUUUCACUUCCUCUUCUAUUUAUUCUUUCGCUUUUCCUCCUUUUUUAACUUCCUAUUUUUAAUUCUUUCGCAUCUCCUUCUUCAUUUUCUUUUUCUUAUUCUUUCGCUUCUCCUUUUUUCACUUCUUCUUUUUUUCUUCUUUCACUUCCCUUUCUAUUUAUUCUUUCGCUUCUUCUUCUUCUUCUUCUUCUUCUUCUUCUUUUCACUCGCUAUUCUUCUUCUUCUUUCACUCACUAUUCUUCUUCUUCUUCUUCUUCUUCUUCUUCUUAUUUCACUUAUUCUUCUUCUUCUUCUUCUUCUUCUUUUUUUCACUCGCUAUUCUUCUUCUUCUUCUUUCACUCACUAUUCUUCUUCUUCUUCUUCUUCUUCUUAUUCUUCUUCUUAUUUCACUUCUUCUUCUUCUUCUUCUUUUUCUUCUUCUUUUCACUCGCUAUUCUUCUUCUUCUUCUUUCACUUUCUUCUUCUUCUUCUUCUUCUUCUUCUUCUUCUUCUUCUUCUUCUUCUUCUUCUUCUAACAUCAGAGUCCUUUUCUUUUCAUUUUCUUUAA